GACCUCGGGACAGGCGGAGCCUCGCCCGGUCCCCGGGGACCUGUACCAAUCGAAACGAGCGGCGGCGGCCUGCAGGCCAAUUGCCGCGCGUGCCGGGGGUGGGCCGGCCACUCCAGCUCCGGGGCCAUGGAGACGCCGGCGCGGGGGCGACGUGUCCGGGGCUUGCGGAGCCGAAUCCUAUUCUAAGAGCGGGGACACUCAGAUAUCCAGUAUGGUGUUGGGUCCAGAACAGAAGAUUCCAGACGAUGAUGCUUCUGGAGAUCAUGGGGACUGUGCCAGUCUUGGAGCCAUCAACACAGCCUACAGCAUCUCUUCUAUUCCUCAGUCCAACCGGCAUGCAGACGAGCCCUUCACCACCUACUUUGAUGAGAAAAUCCCCAUUCCUGAGGAGGAGUACUCUUGCUUUAGUUUUCGUAAGCUCUGGGCUUUCACGGGACCAGGCUUUCUUAUGAGUAUUGCCUACUUGGAUCCAGGAAAUAUCGAGUCUGAUUUGCAGUCUGGAGCAGUGGCUGGAUUUAAGUUGCUUUGGGUUCUUUUAUUGGCCACCAUCGUGGGGCUCCUACUCCAGCGUCUUGCUGCCAGACUGGGAGUGGUCACUGGGCUGCAUCUCGCUGAAGUGUGUCAUCGUCAGUAUCCCAAGGUGCCACGAAUUAUCCUGUGGUUAAUGGUUGAGACAGCUAUCAUUGGCUCAGAUAUGCAAGAAGUCAUCGGCUCAGCCAUUGCCAUCAAUCUCCUGUCUGUUGGAAGGAUUCCUUUGUGGGGUGGAGUUCUUAUCACCAUUGCAGAUACUUUUGUAUUUCUCUUUUUGGACAAAUAUGGCUUGCGGAAGCUGGAAGCCUUUUUUGGCUUUCUCAUCACUGUUAUGGCCCUGACAUUUGGCUAUGAGUAUAUUACAGUGAAACCCGACCAGCGUGAAGUACUGACGGGCAUGUUUGUGCCAUCUUGUUCAGGAUGUAAAACCCCACAGAUUGAGCAGGCUGUGGGCAUCGUGGGAGCUGUCAUUAUGCCACACAACAUGUACCUGCAUUCUGCUUUAGUCAAGUCCAGACAAGUAAACCGAGCCAAUAAGCAAGAAGUUCGAGAAGCUAAUAAGUAUUUCUUCAUUGAAUCCUGCAUUGCUCUCUUUGUAUCCUUCAUCAUAAAUGUCUUCGUUGUCUCUGUUUUUGCUGAAGCAUUUUUUGAGAAAAGCAACAUGCAGGUGGUUGAAGCCUGUAGAAAUAGUAGCAGCCCCUAUACUGGCCUUUUUCCUGAAGAUAACUCCACACUGACAGUGGACAUUUAUAAAGGGGGAGUUGUUUUAGGGUGCUAUUUUGGGCCUGCCGCUCUCUACAUCUGGGCAGUGGGGAUCCUAGCUGCCGGUCAGAGCUCCACUAUGACAGGAACGUAUUCUGGCCAGUUUGUCAUGGAGGGAUUCCUGAACCUAAAAUGGUCACGCUUUGCCCGAGUGAUUCUGACCCGUUCUAUUGCCAUCAUUCCUACUCUGCUUGUUUCUGUUUUCCAAGAUGUGGAGCGUCUAACAGGAAUGAAUGACUUCUUGAACGUUCUUCAGAGUUUACAGCUUCCCUUUGCUCUCAUACCCAUCCUCACAUUUACAAGCUUGCGGCCAGUAAUGAGUGACUUUGCCAAUGGAUUGGUCUGGCGAAUUGCAGGCGGCAUUUUGGUCCUUAUCGUCUGUUCCAUAAAUAUGUACUUUGUAGUGGUUUAUGUCCAGGAACUAGGGCAUGUGUCAUUGUAUGUGGUGGCUGCUGUCGUCAGCCUGGCUUAUCUGAGCUUUGUGUUUUACUUGAGUUGGCAAUGUUUGAUUGCACUGGGCAUGUCCUUCCUGGAUUGUGGGCAUACGUACCAUCUAGGAUUGACAGCUCAGCCUGAACUCUACCUUCUGAACACGGUGGAUGCUGACUCCCUUGUGUCCAGAUGACUGGCAGCCUGUAAAAGAACCACUUUUCUCUUAGUCCUUUCUACCAAGUGUCCUAACAUCUCUGUUAGUUCAGAGAGGUAAUUUCUGAGUGCAGAACCAGGAGUAACCCCUGAGCACCACUGAACGUAUCCCCCAAAAAGGAAGAAGUGUCACAAGGAAAAUCACCCAGCUGAAAGCCAGCAAUCUUUGGAAGAGAGGGCAGACUAAGUUGCCUUGCUGAAGUCAUGCCUG